AUGCCUUAUGUGGAUCGUCAGAAUCGCAUUUGUGGUUUUCUAGACAUUGAGGAAAAUGAAAACAGUGGGAAAUUUCUUCGAAGGUACUUCAUACUGGAUACCAGAGAAGAUAGUUUUGUAUGGUACAUGGAUAAUCCACAGAACUUACCUUCUGGAUCAUCACGUGUGGGAGCCAUUAAACUUACCUACAUUUCAAAGGUUAGCGAUGCAACUAAGCUAAGGCCAAAGGCUGAGUUCUGUUUUGUUAUGAAUGCAGGGAUGAGGAAAUACUUCCUACAAGCUAAUGAUCAGCAAGACCUAGUAGAAUGGGUAAACGUGUUGAACAAAGCUAUAAAAAUUACAGUACCAAAGCAGUCAGACUCACAGCCUCAUUCUGAUAACCUAAGUCGCCAGAGUGAAUGUGGGAAGAAGCAAGUGUCUUACAGAACUGACAUUGUUGGGGGCGUGCCCAUCAUUACCCCAACUCAGAAAGAAGAAGUAAACGAAUGUGGUGAAAGUACUGACAGAAAUAAUUUGAAACGGUCACAGAGCCAUCUCCCCUACUUUACCCCUAAGCCACCUCCAGACAGUGCAGUCAUCAAAGCUGGGUAUUGUGUAAAGCAGGGAGCAGUGAUGAAAAACUGGAAGAGAAGAUAUUUUCAAUUGGAUGAAAACACAAUAGGCUACUUCAAAUCUGAACUGGAAAAGGAACCUCUCCGCGUAAUACCACUUAAAGAGGUUCAUAAAGUCCAGGAAUGUAAGCAGAGUGACAUAAUGAUGAGAGACAAUCUCUUUGAAAUUGUAACAUCGUCUCGAACUUUCUAUGUGCAGGCUGAUAGCCCUGAAGAGAUGCACAGUUGGAUUAAAGCAGUCUCUGGUGCCAUUGUAGCACAGCGGGGACCUGGCCGAUCAGCAUCUUCUGAGCAUCCCAGCUGUCCUCCAGACCCCAAGCACGCUUUCCGCUCUGCCAGCGCCGCAGCCGCCGCCUCCCUUUGCACGGCCUCUCGCAGCAACUCUUUGGUCUCAAGCUUUACCGUGGAGAAGCGAGGAUUUUACGAAUCUCUUGCCAAGGUCAAGCCAGGGAACUUCAAGGUCCAGACUGUCUCUCCAAGAGAACCAGCUUCCAAAGUGACUGAACGCGCUCCGCUCAAACCUCCAAGUAAAACUGGCCCUCAGGAUAAAGAUUGUGACCCGGUGGACUUGGAUGAUGCAAGCCUUCCGGUCAGUGACGUGUAA